UCAUUUCCUCAUAGACCCCAGCUCCAGUUUAGAGCUGGUAGAGUGUCUGCGAUAUGAAGGGACAGAAGUAUUUUGUGCCUUUGUUGUUGUGGUUGUUGCUGCUGCCUUGUCUGUCUGGGGGAAAUGUAAUCAACGGUCGAGGUUUAGAGAUCACCAGAGGUCAAGAUGCUGACCCGGACAUCAGGGCUGAGCUGAAGGAAGACCAGCAAAAGGUGGAGACACAGGGAAACGUCACUCAAUUUGACGACGGGAAGACACAUAUUGAAGACGCCAGACUGACAACCAGCGAGAACCAUGUGGAGGAGAUGAACAGAGGGAACUCAGAAUGGAAGGUGGCGUUCUCUGUAGGAAUUGAUGGUUCCUAUGGACCCGUCCACACAUCCACUGCCCUGGUCGACAAGGACAUUCUCACCAACGCUGGCAGUCACAACAACCUCCCUCUCCCAAUCCACCCCCCCUCCCAUCCCUCCAUCUCCCCUCUCCAACCCCCUCCACCCCCUCUAACCCUCCUCCAUAUCCCCUCCCCUUACCCACUGAUCAAUAUGACCAUCUAA